UGUCGUGAGUUUCUAGCCGAGUUUAUUGGUACGUUUGUACUGGUCUUAUUCAUAAACGGAGUCUCUGCAGAACAGACCCUGGGUGUAGGAGGAACCAAAUCAUGGCUAGUCACUUCAUUUGGCAACGGUAAGUUUAUCUCGAAUAAAACAAAAGAAGGUGCUCAUCUCAACCCAGCUGUCACUCUCACCUUUUGGACCUUUAGUCACUUCCCCACCCAGAAAGUGCUUACAUACAUCUCUGCACAGAUUCUCGGUGCGUUUGUGGGUGCUGGGGUGCUGUAUGGAAUCAUUCAGCCUGCGAUCAAUGAAUUUGACGGCGGAGUACGUCAGAUACUGGGUCCACAAGGCACGGCCGGGAUUUUCGCAACAUAUCCUCCACUCUACGUCGGCAUCGGCCCAGCCAUGGGAUCCGAGAUCGUCGGCACAAUGCUUCUGUUGCUGAUAAUCAUGUCAAGUGGAAAGAAGAACAAUAUGCCUUAUCAGUCCAUGCAAGGAUUUGUGGUCUCAGCCGGUCUUUUUAUCAUCACACUCUCGCUCACCUACACCUCUGGGUUCUCGUUAAACCCUGCACGCGAUAUUGGACCGAGAUUGUUUACGUUGGCUGCAGGAUGGGGCGUGGAGGUAUUUACGGCCUCAGAUUACUAUGCACUGGUUCCAAUCUUUGGGCCUAUUGUAGGAGGUCUUUUCGGUGGGCUGCUUUACAAAGUGUUUAUCGAUCACCAAUCGAUCGACGAUCAAGUCGAAUAA